AACACAAAAAACUCAAAGACAUACUAUAAAACGGAGUACCAAAAAGAUAAAAAUUAAAGACGGGCUAUAUAUAUAACGAAGAAGACGAAAACUAAACCCCCAAACAAAAAAAGCAUAAAAUACCUAAUCAAACCCUAGGCUAAAGUGGAUUAUAAUUUAUAACCAUUUUUUUUUCUUCAUAUGUUAUGUUAUAUAUAUGUGUGUGUGUCUAUGUGUAAAGGAACAUAGAAUGGAAAAGGACUCAGUAGCAGCUACAACGACGAAGAAGACGACAUGGAGUACAUGGGAAGAACUUUUGUUAGCGUUUGCUGUGAAAAGGCAUGGUCUAAAGGACUGGGAAUCUGUAGCCAUGGAACUCCAAAACCGUAGCUCUUUACCCGCCCUAUUGACCGCUCAAAUUUGUAAGGAGAAAUACAGGGACCUACGCCGCCGCUUCAUGAAUAGCUAUAACAACAGUUAUGAUGAAAAAAUCAUAGAACAGGAUGUAGAUGGGAAUGGAGAUGUAACGAUUCCUUGGAUUGAGGAGUUGAGACAACUCCGGGUUGCUGAGCUUAAACAAGAGGUUCAACAAUACGAUCUUUCGAUCCAGUCGUUGGAGAUGAAAGUGAAAAAGAUGGAGGAAGAGAGAGAACAGAGUUUGAAGGAGCAGAGUUUAGAUGAUGGCCAGAAACCAGAUCUGGAGGAUGUGAAGGAAGAGAGUUCGCAAAACGACAAAAACAGCGGUGCCGAUGCUAAACCGGAGGAUUCCACCGGAAAGGCCGUGUCCAGCGAGGAGUCAGACCGCGAAAACCGGUCGUUUAACGAGUCUAAUUCGACGGAGAACAGAGAAACCGGUGUUAAAAACGAACCGGAGCCGGUCGAGAUCGGUGAAGAUAAACCGGUUCAGGAUGUUAAACCGGUUAGUGAAGAGGACUCGUAUAAUGAUAGCAGUUCAGAUAGACAGGAGGAAAUGAAAGCCCGUCGCGACUCGGGCGAUUUACGCGAUACAGUAAGCGGGUCUAAGGAAGAGACUAAGGAAAACAGUGACGUGCAGAGCACGGCGACUUUAACGAAGAGAAAACGGCAGCGCGGUGGCGAUGGUGGUAGAAGCGGCGGAGAUGCGGCUGAGACGGGCUCUCCAGCCGUUAGAAUUAAAGGGGAGGGUUCGGCGAAAUCAGAGCCGUUAAUUGAGAUUUUAGACAUUAUCAGGUCGCAUAAGCGCGGCUCUGUAUUCAAGCGCCGGCUAGACAGCCAGAAAACGGACAAGUACAAGAGUAUGAUCCGACAACAUAUGGAUCUUGAAACGGUUCAAGUCCGGAUUGACGACGGAUCCUAUUGCUCUUGCCCUUCCAAAUUCUACUUGGACCUGCUACUCAUCUUCAACAAUGCCAUAGUCUACUUCCCUAAGUCAUCCCCAGAGUCAACUGCAGCUAACGAACUCCGUGGCGUUGUCAUGGAAGAAUUAAAAAAGACCAGAACCCAGUCAAAGGAUCAAUCACCCGGACCAUUAAGGAUCCAACCUAAGCCCGAAUUGGAGAGAUCCGAUUCUUUGCUUGCAAAACACAAGUCUACCGUUCCUAUAGUAGUCUGUCGCAAGAGGAGCUCCAUUUCAGCAAAAGCAGCAGCUUCUUCUGGUAAUAACAAGCCAGAAAAACCAGCUGAUAGUAAACCUCCUCUGAACCCAAAGCCACCCGCCAUAAAGUCAUCUUCGAAUGAAGAAGAGAGUUCAAUCAAGCUUGGGGUGAAAGAAAAGCCAGUGACUGGGGUAAGAAGUAUGAGGAGGAGCAGCAAAAGCCGUUCGAAUAAUAAUGCUUCACAAUCCAACAGCAAUCAAAACACGAAUGCUAAGCAAACCAAUAGCAGCACGGACAAAAAAGAAGAGGCGAAACCAGAGAAGAAGAAAGAAGAAAGUAAAAAACGAGGAGCUGCCGCAGACUUCUUGAAGAGGAUAAAGAAGAAUUCUCCUACGAAAGGAACGUUAGUGGAGGCGCUGAAGAAUAAUCCUCCGGAGGAUGUUGUCGUUAAAGGUAACAAAAGAGAGCAGCAAAAGAAAAAAGUUGAUGAACGGAGAGAAGCUCCGGUGAGGCGAAGUGGUGGAGGCAGUAGUGCAGGCAAGGAGGAAGGUAGUCCGUCAAAGAGGAGCGUAGGUCGACCACCAAAGAGAGGUGGUAGAGAAGUAGUUGUGCAAGAAAAACGUGUAAGGGAAAAUAGUGAAAAGGAUGAUUCUUCAAAACGGCCAAAGAAACGGUCAAGGAGGUAAAAUUAUGAUGAAUCAAGUUAAAAGUACUGAUGUUAGUUUAGUCUCAUUUUGCAGUGUAUAUUUCACAUCUUGUAUUUUUAGUGUUAGGUUUUGAUUUUGGGAAUAUUACAUGUUAGGAUUAGUUUACAUCUUUUGCUUCUGUAACAUGUUAUUGGUGUUUGUACCUCUUCCUUGUUACAGUGAAUUUUCUUUUCUCAA